UCCAUCAUGUUCUCCUUGUCAAUCAAGUCGAUAUGUCAUUCAUUGAAUGGCUACAAAAAAGGAGCCACUCUCGUCGAAGAGGAAGACUUUAAUGAACUUACCGCCGUACCCACAACAACCACCCACAUUGUGAUAGCAGCAGCGGCCGACAGCAGCAGCAGUCCCAGCGAGCCGAACAGCAAAACGAGCCGUCACUUGCCACCGCUGAAACUCAAACAGUCGAUUAAUAGCGCCGUCAUUUCGGCCCAGGGGCCCUGUUCGACCAUUGCAGCCUCGGUGAGAAAUGUGCUGCAACGUCAACAGGCCUCCACUGCAGUAUCAGCGACAAGUCCAACAACAACAGCAGCGCCAACAAAAAGUAAACGCAGUGCAACAUCAACGAAUAUAACCCCCCAGACGAGUGCCGACAGUCAACCGAACGAAACAACACCGCUGGUAACUCCGCAGAACCCCGUUGAAGAUCCUCCGGCAUAUGCGGCCAAUUCAACAACCAAUUCGACCAACUCACCCAACAACAGCAUAAACACGACUUACUACCAACAACAAGCCACUAACGCCACCACAACCGCCGCCGCCACCGUUGCCUCCACUGCCACCAACAACGCCGGACAGACAACAGCAACGACCUACACCACCUAUUCGCACAAUUCGAAAACGACGCGCUCAUGGCCGGUGAUCUAUCGUAAUCCGCAUCACUACGACUACGAGGCCUUGUAUGCGAAUGCACCCAAGGGCUCCUCGCAGUAUCCAGCGGCCGUUGUCUCCUCGUCGUUCAAACAGAAUUGCUAUUCGAAUCAGUUCAAGCAGUCGAUUGUCUAUUCGUCCAGCAAUGAGGACCUGAGCACAAUCAAUGAAUAUCCGGCAGAUGGUGCGGUGGCUCAGGGUAAUGGUGGUAGAAGCAGUAGUCUUAUCGGUUGUGGUGGUGGUUAUAGCAACAACAAUAACAACAGCAGCAGUAGCAGUUCCGCAAAAUACAGUCAACAGCAACAGCCACAACAACAAACAACCUGUUACUAUUUUUCACCCUCUCGCCACAAUAGCAUUUAUGAGCAUCCCUCGGCUGUGGUCGCCAGCUCACUACAAUACGAUCCACACAGUUCGUCGGCCGCUGCCCUUGAAUCGUUACGACGUAGCAAUAGCAUCCUGUUGCGCAACAGUAGCUGUUCCUCGAAAAUAAUGAUGCAUCAGUCGAAUCGUGGCGGGGCGGGCGGUGAUUUAGAUAGUCCCACAUCGCUCAAUUCCGGCAUGGAUGUGACGAGUACCGUUGGCGGUACAAAUUGUUGCUCAAGUUGUUGCAUGGGUCCACCGCCACUGCUCUUCCUAUUCGUAACGCUGCUGAUGACGACCAGCGCCACAGCGAUGCUAUGUGCUGCCAUUAUGACCGACCAUUGGGAACAUGUGAAAUGGGAUCGUGCCAGUUUGGAGCGAUAUUCAAAUCGUUCGAAUUUACAAUUGGAAUGGAUAAUGGAAGACACGGUGGCCAUGUUGAAGCCGGAUAAGAGGGCUGAUCAUCGUUUUCGACGUGAUAAUCUAUUUUUGGUACCAAUGCAUGGCGGUAUCUGGACACUUUGUAUAGAUUUACCCCUACACGAGAUACAAGAACUGAGAAGACAUCCGAAAUUCCCACGAAGUGCACCGACAUGCCUCAACUAUUUGGCCGGAUCCAUGGAGAAUGCUCGAGGUGAAGAGCAACGGAACGAUUGGCAACAUAGUGAGUCACAGACCACAUUGCAGCCUCAUCUAAGAAUGCAAAAUUUGUCAAUUUCCUGUUCACUGGUGUGUCUGAUAAUAUUGGGCAGUGCGGCAUUGGUGGGAGCAUUUGGGGUUUGCCAAAGGCAAAUAAGUGCAAUUUUAAUAACAGGGGUUAUGUAUUUAUUAGCAGCAUUGUUUGCAUUAUUCACACUAAUGAUAAUCCAUUUCAAACGCCAACAAGGUCGACCCAUGCUGGACAGUGAUUAUGAUGGUACUGUGGAUGGCAUUGUCGCCCGUCCCGGUGGACCAGCAAUAAUGGCCAAAAAUUUACUGGGCGCCAGGGUAUUUCUAACCUCUUGGAGUUUGGAUUUAGGUUGGGGUGGUGUUGUCCUAUGUGCCAUUACCUCAGUUCUGUGGAUACUCUUAUCGAAAAUAAUGCGUUAUAAUCCAUUUUCAACAUUGAUGAUUUAA